GUGUGGUAGAUGAAUCAAAAAUGGAUGAGUUUAUUCAGGACACCCUUGUGAUAUGUGAGAAGAGCCCCAUUCGAGGUGAGCAAAGUAGCUGUGCGAUUUUCGGCGAGGAUCUUAUCGAUUUUGUGGUUGAGAAAUUAGGGAAACAUGUAAGCAUAUGGAGUACUGAGAGCAUCCAAGGAUCUUAUGAGAAUGUCACAAUUGGAGCUGUGAAACUCAUCCAUGGAAACUUCUCUGAACCACCAGCUUUAUGCCAUAGUCAACCAUUCCCAUUUCAAGUCUAUUUUUGCCAUGUUUUACCCAAAGUAAAGGUAUAUGCAGUUGAUAUACAUGCUAGGAAUAAAGUGAAUCAUGCGAUCAUGGCAUGCCACUAUGACACAUCAACUUGGAAUCCAAACCAUAUUGCUUUUCAACUUCUGGGUUUUGGUCCAGGCCUAAUUGAAGUUUGUCAUUGGAUAAACGAGAAUGGAAUAGUUUGGACAAAGACUCUACAUUGAGAAACAUUUGAAGAUUUGAUUAUCUUCCAAUUCUCUUGUUUGUGUUCUAUGUUACUGCUUAUAAUAUUUGAUGGAUAAAUAAUGAUCUAUUUUGAUUUGCUUAUUAUGUCUAUCAAAUUUUAGUAUAAUUUUGUUUU